CUCCAGCCUGAACACACACAAAACUUUAAAGAGUCAUCCAGAACUCUUAAGAGAGAGAAAGAGAGAGAGAGAGAGAGAGACUACUGCGGCUACUAUCAAGCAUCAAAACAGACAAGAGAUGAUGAUGGCUUCCUUCAUGUGCAAGACUCUGGUUUUAUUCAUCAUCUUCACAGCUCUGCAAGAAGGUUGCGGACUCCCCUUAUCAGAGCGGACAGAGCUGCCAGCUCAGGCUGCACAACCACACCGCAGGACCAAGCGCUGCUCCUGCAGCAACUGGGAUGAUACAGAAUGCAUCUACUUCUGCCACCUGGAUAUUAUCUGGGUCAACACGCCAAGUAAAGUCCUUCCUUAUGGCCUUGGAAGUCCCCUGACUCGUCGCCGCCGCUCAGCUGACCGUUGUGAAUGCCUCAACCAAGCUGAUAAAACCUGCUCUGGAUUCUGCCAUACGAGCCCAGAUGAUCUAAGAACAAAUGUCGUGGGUCCAUUGGGAGAAUCUGAAAGCACAAACAGCAACAAACUCCUGGAGUCUCUCAGAUCUGUGGUCAAGUCCAACAUGGCGAUUGCAAAAACGAUUCAAUCGUCAAACGAGAACCCAGGCGGAGUCAACAGGCUGCCGAGCAGAACGAGAAGGUAAAGGACUGGGCAAGCACCACAAGCAGCUCAGCCUUGAUGGAGUCAACCAUCUUGGAAAGAAGACUCGUCCCAGCUGGCUUCAGUGACAGCGUCAGAGUUUUAACAACUACUGUGGAUGCCGAGGUGGCAACAAAAAAUGGGAGCGCAUCCAAUGUUUGAUCAGGAAAGCAGAGCUAAGGGACUGGCAGCUAAUCAAGACUGACGCCCUUCAGCAAAAUCUAUGUUGGGUGGGGAGACGUUUGAAAUCAGUUGUUGAACUCUCUGAACUUUUAUGAACUUACAUGCCAAGGAAGAAUCCAUUAAAAGCCAAGGACAAAGCCAAGGAAACUGAUGGAGGAACCAAGUCCAGGAAGACUAAAGGGUCACUGGUCUGUCGUCCUGUUGGGCCAAAAGUCCAGCGGCUCAUCUGAAUGGACAUUUUUAAAUCCUCCACUCAACAUCACUCACGAUUAGAGGAUAGCUGAAUGUCACAGAGUUAAAUCAGCUCUGUCUCUGGCUUGGAAUUGUUUUCCAGUGUUUAUUCGGGCAUUGCUGACCUUUGGGCCAGUUUGAUAUUGCUCUGUAUCAGAGCUGGAAUCUGUUGUCCUGCCUUACUGUUUAGGGCAAACAAGCAAGUAGCAUUUGUAAUUACUAGGCAGUACUUGAAAACGGCAGCUUGUUCACUCUUGGCACACAUUGCUUCAUUGAAAUGAAGGUCAUCCAUUCGGGAAUUUAUCUCACAAACAAUUAGCUUUAUACAAGGUCCAUUGUAAGCUCCAUAUGCUGCAUACUUUCUGCAAGCAUAACAACUGCUCUAGCUCUAUUGUGUUGGCCUCAGUGUUUAUUGCAUAUGUCCUGUUUAAUGUUUUUAUUGAAGAUAAGCCAGAAGGUUUCAAUAAUGUGCAGCUUGCCAAAAAUGCGACAAUAGUUUUUCCCCCCUCUGACAAAUGUUCCCUUAAUUCCUCUGUAAUUAGCCUCUGGAGAGUUAUGACUCUCAACCUGUGUUGUGCACUUCAAGGGCUGUUUAUCCAUGUCUAGCACUUUUUCUCUGCCCUGUUUGAUUGUCGUCGGCUCAUUUUUAAAACAUUUUAAAAGUUCAUAGUUGAUAAGAAAAUAUUUAUCCUCAAACAUCUCAAUGCUGUACAUGAUGGAUCGUCACCAGCUCAGAAGUUUACUGUUUAAUGCUGAAUGAUAGAAAAUAUUGUAAAUAGAACAUUUUAUUUAUUCUCUAACUUAUUCAGAUAUGUAUUUAUAUUUGUAUGAAUAAUGCACUGAA